CUUGUCUUGAUGGUGCUCGCCCGCACUGGGCUGCGCCGCCUGCCUGCUCCCCUGCUGUGCGGAGUCAUGGCGCUGCACGCCUCCUCCUUGGCGGCACGCCCAGCUCUACUUCCAUCAGCUGUUGCUGCGAGCCCGGUGCAUGCAUGCAGCUCUGCUCGCCAGUGCUGCUGGCAACCUGUUGGCUUCCUGACACAGCCUGCACUGCCUCAGGCCCCCCUGUGUUUGGCCCAUGCUGCCCCCCACUCUGCAGGCCCUGGCUUGAGAGACACCAAGCUGUCCCCCCGCCUGGGCAACAGCUUGUGGGGCGCCAGGAUGCAGGCUGGCAGCAGUGGCGGCGCGCACGCUGUGCGGCGCAGCAGUGGGGCCAGCGCGUCCACCAGCACCGCGCAGCUCAGCAUUGAGCUGGUACCGUGUCUGUCGGACAACUACGCCUACUUGUUGCACGACGCGGCCGCGGGCGUGACUGCGGUGGUGGACCCCUCGGAGGCCGCGCCGGUGCGGGCGGCCCUGCGUGCGCGGCAGCUGCAGCUGACGCACAUCCUCAACACGCACCACCACUGGGACCACACGGGGGGGAACCUGGAACUGAAAAAGGAGUUUGGGGCACAGGUUGUGGGACCUGCAGCAGACAAGCAGCGGAUACCAGGGAUCGACGUAGCGCUAGCAGAGGGGGACACGUGGCAAUUUGGCGGGCACGAGAUGCACGUCUUCGACACGCCUGGUCACACUCGAGGGCACGUCAGCUUCUACUUCCCAGGCAGCGAGGCCCUGUUCACGGGCGACACGCUCUUCAGCCUGGGCUGCGGCAAGCUGUUCGAGGGCACGCCCCAGCAGAUGUGGGCGAGCCUGUCCAAGCUGGCGGCGCUGCCGGCGGCCACCAGGGUCUACUGCGGGCACGAGUACACGCAGUCCAAUGCGCGGUUUGCGUGGGCAGUCGAGAGUGGCAACGAGCGGCUCGCGCAGCGGAGCGACGAGAUCGCGCGGCUCCGGAGUGAACGGAAGCCCACGAUCCCGACGACUCUGGGCCUUGAGUUGGCCACCAAUCCGUUCCUCCGGCCCUCCAGCCAGGAGAUCCGAGAGGCGGUCCGAGCCAAGCCGGAUGCGUCCGACGCUGAAGUCUUUGCUGCUAUCCGGCGCAAAAAGGAUUCGUUCUAGUUCUGGUCUAAAGUCGCAAGCACUUUGAAAAACGCUGGACACGUGCAUCGUGUCAGAUCCACCGGUGUGGCAUGACCCCUCCCGGUAACAGUCCCGGUAGAAGAGCAACAAAAGUACUUGGAGACAAGGAGCGCGUAGGAAAAAGCUCAUAAGUCCACGAAUGAAACGGUACAACCAACAGGAUUGUAACUAUCAGUCUUAGUUGCACGCUACAACCGAUUCUGGAAAGAAUUCCAGUCUGCAAUCGAC